AAUUCAAGUUGUUUUGGGCAGAUUUUCAAGUUGAAACUGAGACUUCUGACUAAAACCACUAUUAAGCUGUGCUUGAAGCUGUUGAAUCUCAGAAACUUGUCUUCUGAUUCUGUUGUGGCUUUGGGUCUUCCAGAUCUCUUCCUGUCAGAGUUUCCUCCAGUUUCUGAGCCUUUUGAUGCUGAAGAAAACUGGACUCACUGACACCUUGACUUUCUUCACUAUUUCUCUGUAGGAAAGACUCACAUUUUUAAGUCUUAUGAUGGUCUGUCUCUCUUCUAUUGUUAAUUGCCUUUUCCUCUCCAUUUUACAGUAACUCACUACUUUCUGCAGUACAAUCCUGUUCUAAUAAUGCUCUGGAGGGUUUGGUACCACGGUGUGUUUUAUGCAGACAGAGGGGGUUGGAAGUAAUCUAGAAAAGUUGGAACACCUGUAGGAUUUGGUAGCACCAACUUUCAAGGCUUCAUCAACCUCCAUUGUUGGAGAACAGCUUUAAGUUUUUAACCCAUUUCUGGUUCCCUGAAAAAGGCCUUUUUCAUAAUUUAAUAAUUCUGAAAUGUACAUUAUUUUUCAGUUUUUGGGUAACCUUAUCUUUUUUAACCUCUAGCAGUUCACCACUAACCUUUUGUACCAUUUCAAGCUACUCAUUGAACUUGAACUACUUGAAUUUUUUUUUUUUUAAAAAAGGAAAAAUUAGGGUGUUCUAAAACUUUUGAUCCACGUUUCCUGGUUCCCUCCCCUUCCAACUAGAAAAACUGGUAGUAAACAGCAUGUCAUGACAAGACAUACCUGAAUGACUCAAACUACUUUUAAUAGUUUCACUUCCUUGAAAGCAGAAACUCAUUCAGUCGCUGCCACUUAGACGAGAAAAUGGCACAGAAAGGAGUUGAGCUGGAUUCAGAGAAGUUAUCUUGUUCCAUCUGUGUGGAUCUACUGAAGGAUCCGGUGACUAUUCCCUGUGGACACAGCUACUGCAUGGAGUGUAUUAAAGACCACUGGGAUGUAGAGGACUGGAGGAGAAUCUACAGCUGCCCUCAGUGCAGGAAAUGUUUUAAACCGAGGCCUGACCUGGAGAAAAAUGUCAUGUUAGCAGAGUUAGUGGAGGACCUGAAGAAGACUGGACUCCAAGCUGCUGCUGCUGGACCUGAAGAUGUAUCCUGUGAUGUCUGCAUUAAGAGGAAGAUGAAGGCUGUCAAGUCCUGCUUCGUCUGUCUGGCCUCUUACUGUGAGAAACACCUUCAGCCUCACUAUGAGUCUCCACCUUUUAAGAAGCACAAGCUGGCGGGGCCCUCCAAGAACCUCCAGGAGAACAUCUGCUCUCGUCACAAUGAGGUGAAGAAGUUGUUCUGCUGCACUGAUCAGCAGUUGAUCUGUUCUGUCUGCUCUGUGGAGGAACAUAAAGGCCACAACAUCGUCUCAGCUGCAGCAGAGAGGACCGAGAGGCAGAAAGAGCUGGAGGUGAGUCAACAAAACAUCCAGCAGAGAAUCUGUGGCAGAGAGAACGAUGUGAUGCUGCUCCAACAGGAGGUGGAGGAUAUCAAUGACUGUGCUGAUAAAGCAAUGGAGGAGAAUGCGAAGAUGUUCUGCAAGCUGAUCCAUCUCAUCCAGAAAAGGAGCUCUGAGGUGAAGCAGCAGAUCACAUCCCAGCAGGAGGCUGAAGUGAGUCGAGUUAAAGAACUUCAGGAGGAGCUGAAGCAGGAGAUCAGUGCUCUGAAGAAGAAAGAUGCUGAGAUGAAGCAGCUCUUAGACACAGAGGAUCACACCCAGUUUCUUCACAACUACCUCCUCGUCUCGGCAGUGGGUGAGUCCACACCCAUCAGCAUCCCUCCUCGGAUACACUUCCAGAAGGUGACAGCAGCUGUGUCAGACGUCAGCGAUAAAGUACAGGAGAUUCUAAAGAACAUGUGGACACUAAAUCCACAGAGAGCUGUCAAAACAGAAGUUCUACCACCACAACCAGAACCAGAACCAAAGACCAGAGCUGGAUUCUUGGAAUAUUCACAUGACAUCACUCUGGAUCCAAACACAGCACAAAAACUGCUGGUGUUGUCUGAGGAAGACAGAAAAGUAACAGUAGUGAAACUUCCACAGCCUUAUUCCGACCAUCCAGACAGAUUCACUACAAAUCUUCAGGUCCUGAGCAGAGAGAGUCUGACCGGACGUUGCUACUGGGAGGUGGACCUGAGAGGGUUGGGAGCUGUUGUAGCAGUUUCAUACAAGGAAAUCAGCAGAAAAUUAGCACCUAAAAAUCCAUUUGGACAUACUGAAAAAUCUUGGGCUUUGUGUUGCUCCAGAGACAGUUAUACAUUUUUGCACAAGAAUAAUAAAACUCCUCUUUCCUCCAAAAUCGGAGUGUAUCUGGAUCACACUGCAGGUCUUCUGUCCUUCUACAGAGUCUCUGAAACCAUGACUCUCCUCCACAGAGUCCAGACCACAUUCACUGAGCCGCUGCAUGCUGGAGUUCAAUUUGUAUGUUAUGGAUCCAGUGCUGAGUUCAUUAAACUCAGAUAGACUGAAGUCAUUCAAAGGAGACCUGGUAAAAAAAAAAAAAAAAAGUCUUCCUUUCCAUCACUGUACUCUGUAAAAAAUGAAAGUUUUUACUGGUAACUUCUGGAAUUAUUUACUGUUAUUUACAGAUUUACAGUACAGAUAAUAUGUGGUUGGAUCCCAGCAAACAAAAUCCCAAAAAACAGCAAAAAACAGGCUAAAAAUAGUUUAUAAUGUUUGACUUUUAAAUUACACAAUUUUUACUACAUUUAAAUCAGCAACAAAUGUAAUUAUAUGUGUUAUUUGAAAGAAAAAUUCUGUCUAUUAAGGACGGAAAAAUGGUCAUUAAUUCUUUAAACUGAAAUUUCCCCAGUUUUGUUAAAUUACAGAUAUCUAGUGAAAUGAAAAUGUAUAUAAAAGAGUCAAGAAACAGGCAAAAACUGUAUAUAAUUUCCACAUCAAAAAUCUGUAGUUUUACAAAUAAUUUGUUGUUUUACAAUAUUUUUUGACAAAAUAAUUUUUUAAAAAUUUAUCUUACUUCAAAAACUGUAAAAGCAGUGAAACAAUAUCUGUAAAAUAAUGUUUUUUGGUUUUUUUUUUUUUUAAAGCAGAGGUUUAAAAUGCCUGAAUCAUGAAAACUCAUGGAUUAUUAGAUAAAUUUCAGUGUUUUUUACAUUUGCAUGUUUGUAUUUUUCACAUGUACUGGUUUUGGGUUGUGUUUCACAGAUUAUAGUCAUUCCUGAAUGUAAAUUUGAAGGAUUUAUUUCCUAAGUUAAUUUUGGCUGAUUGGCUCUUAAUAUUUUUGGAAUAUAAUGUGGAAAAGACAGAUAUAUUGAAAUGUGUAAUUGGUCGUUAUGCCUGGAGCUUUGGCUUUAUUUUUUCGUUGUCAAUGGAAGUAGAAAAUAUAACAUACAACAUUUGUAGAGCACUUUUUUUUGACGUUUUUGUCUUUAAGGUCCUGAGUGUUAGUUUUUAUUUUAAAUCACUGUAUAAUAAAUAAUAAUGCAUCAGAAUCAACAUUAGUCCUAAUCACUGACACAUCACAGACUAUGAUAAUUCUAAAAAAAAUCUCCACUUUUUUAAAAUGGAAAAUGUGUAUUUAUUUUUAUUUAAAUUUUUUUUACAAAAACAACAGCGUGAUGUAAACAAAUUGGCACUGGAAAGGUUAAAAUCUUCUAAAUUAAUUAAUAUCUAGUAGUUAUGAUCAGGACUAAUGUUGGUUAAAAAUGCAGUCAGUGAAAGUGGGAAAUAAUGUUGUAACGCAUUUUUUGAGGGAAUAUUUUGUCUUUAAUGUGGUAUUUUGUCUUUAAGGUGUGAGUUUAUAUGAAAAAUCACUGUAAAAUAAAUAUUCAUUAAUUCCAAUCAACAAUGGUCCUAAUCAUUGACACAUACCAAAUUGUGAUAAUGAAAAAAUCUGCACUUCGUACAUAUUUUAUGUCAAUUAACGAUUACUUUUUUAUUUUCUUUAAAAAAAAAACAGUGUCAUGUCAACAGGGGUUAAAAUUCUCAUACAUAUUAUAAUCAGAAGUGUUUUUGGUUAAAAUGAGUCACUGAAAUAG